AAUGCGCUACCCCUUUAUGCGCGGCGAAAAGCUCUUCUCUGGCAGCCUGCGAAACAAAUCCAGCUAGCAAUCUGCGACCGAGCCAACAUUCCACUUCGAUCUCAAACCGUCGCACUCAGCUGGCUUGGCAUGAUACUGUAGAUGCACGCUUUCUCUAUCGUCACGCUCGGUAUCUUCGUAGCGGGCUAUUCGACUGCGCGCUGGGACCUUACUACGCGUCUCUACGAGCUUGCAAUAUUCGCCUGGGACCACGGUGUUGUCGCCAGAGCUGCAAAGGGCUUUGCGAUCCUGUCCUUGUUCUUCUUCUUGCUCGUGCUGCCAUUUGCGCGCCUAGCGACCGAGGAGACAGACCUGCAUCCGCGAAUCGGUAGCGGCGGCAUAUCUGCGCGCGAGCAGCUCAAACGUCGAGGGUCGUUCUAGUGGGGUAGCAGGAUGGUGACAUGGGCACACACAAUGGGCUGAUGCGCAUAUUCUGGCCAUCAGAUGCACCAAAUGGGGCCGUGCCGGGUGUUCUGGUGGGCUUCCGGAACUCGCAACUAGACAUCUUCGUUGUUUCUAUCCUGCAAGAAGUGGAGCUUCGUCAAGUGGAAAAUGCUCUGGCAGUAGGCACUCUGUUGCGCUACAGCCCUCACGACGUAAAUGAGCUAUUCACACGAUGCGGACACUCCAGCCUGCGUGUCUUGGGCGAGGUCAAUCCCAAGUUCCCACCUAGCCACUUCGACGAGAACCUCCUCACUGCAUACACCGGCCCUUCGAGCCGCCUGCCGCGAUGGAAUUGCCCUACAGACAUCCUUUCGACCAUACAAGUUGUUGUCUAUCAUCGACCGGACCCCGUACGUAUGCAGUACCUUUCGUUGACGCCAAUGGCACUUGCUCUGGGGGAUAAGACGACGAGUGAGCAGUGGGACACGACUUUUGCGAAGCACGAGGCAGAAGAAGCUGAAAGGAAGAGGAAGAAGGCAAUACUCGUUGAGAAGUUGAAGCUACACAAAGUGAUUGCGCGUCCGCCCACACAGAAAGAGUCUGCGUUACCUACCCUCAUUGAGCAGGUGAACUGCUCCUCUGAGCUAGAUUCGCUUCUGCAGCAGAACAUCGGCAUGAUCGGGAGGCGCAUGAAACGAGCGCUGAGCGUCAGCGAGCGGGUGGUCGAGUCAGCGAACAACUUGUGGGACUACGUAUACGAGAGCUUGUGGUAUCUCUUCACAGUCUGGGUGUGGCCUGUGGCUGCACAGCUCUUCAUUUUUGGGUUGUUGGCUCACCGCAUAGCGGCCGAAUACAUCCUGCGCGCUCUUGACUGGCGACUCUCGCCCGAUGCACCCGCUCUGAAAGACAUCUCAGCCACAGCUCAGCAAAUCGACAUUCGACUGCAACAGUUCUGCUACUGGCCUAUUCAGUACCUGACAUUGCGCAAAAGGAAGUCUAGCUGGGGCAGCAUCACCAACAGUCACCCCGAAUACAUACGCUUCUACAACAGCCUCUGGCUUGUUGCAAACGAUGUCAUUAUGGGCAUCGCUCUGGGUUCAUUCAUAAUCGAUAACUCGUCCUUUGUUGCUGCUCAGGUCGACACUGUCUUCAGUGCAUGGUCUAUCGAAGGUCUACGGCGAAUGAUCUCCUGGCUUACAGGGUGGCCACCGCCUGGAGGUCUGAAGCUUAACACUGAGCUUGCAGCAUUCUUGGGCGAUUUGUUCCUUUGGGUCAUAGAGUACUGGGCUGGGACCAUGUCCAUACUGCGGCCCCAUCUGCCAGCCCUCAUCCGGAUCAUUGGUUUCUCGGCAUUCGCUGGUGCCACAAUGCCUAUCUCGCUCUUCUCGGACAUAGUGUCAUUGCUAACGCUGCACAUCUAUUCGUUCUACAUCGCAUCCGCCCGGAUCUUCCACUGGCAGUUGACCAUCAUCAUCUCGCUCUUCCACCUCUUUCGAGGUAGGAAACGCAACAUACUCCGGAACCGAAUCGAUUCUUGCGACUACGAUCUUGACCAGCUGCUGCUGGGUACGAUUUUGUUCACCCUGCAGUUUUUCUUGCUGCCAACGGUGUUUGUCUUCUACUUGACGUUCGCCAGUGCAAGAGUAGGAGUGAUCGCCUUGAAGGCCGGGCUUGAGAUCGGAUUAGCGUGCUUGAACCAUUUUCCUCUAUUCGCUGUCAUGCUUAGGCUUAAAGAUUCGCGUCGGCUGCCCGGUGGCAUAUGCUUCAAGCUGUAUGCUCCAAUGGAUAGCAAAGCGCAUCCUCGAGACAGUGUGGACUCGGUUCCGACUGCAUACGUUCAUCUCAAGUCUGUGCCCUUGCCCCUCAGCGCCAUGUUCCACUCCUACUUCGAGCUGGGUAAUCGCAUACGGAAGCACUAUUUCUCGCCAAGCGUCUUUCUCAGCCUUGCAUCAGGCCAGUUUGUACCUCCCAUCCAUCGACGGAACUUGUACAGUCUGCAGUAUAGCAUGCUUCCUGCCAAUCGAGUCAGCAUCGGCGAGCUAUGGAGGCAGCUCGGGGAGAGGGAAGAGAAGCCAGCCAAACGUAAUGGCCAUGCUCGAAUGCCCUCGUUCGAAGGAGUGAUAAAUGGGCGGCGCAGAAGAGCCGCUAGGUAGUUGGACAUUCUUGAAGAACACAUACGGAAGCAUUUUCUCCUCCCAGAUUAUGCGCCCAAGACAAUGCAACGCAGUGCACAUCAGAGACUGACUUGCACAGAUGGAUCUCUUGUUCAUAUAUGAUGCAAAGUUGCUGAACGGACGCCAAACGAUAUCGAACAUCUCCAAACGCG